AUGAGUACGAAAUCAGAUCAAACAACUAAUGAUCCUUCAAAAACACUGAAUGAUACUGUUUUACAUAAAGAUGAUUUGACUGAACAAGCCAAAAAUCAAUUCAGCUAUCACAAUGAUAUAUUUCGUACACUGGAAUCAUACCGUCAAAGCAUACUUCGUAAUGUGUAUAUAACCGAUGUUGGUCGAAAUUUUUCUUUAUCCGAACUUCACACUUUAUACACGGAUUGUAAACGUGUUCUAAACUAUGCAGCCGAACACAAUGAAGUUUUCAAUCAAAAUUUGUCUCAUGUUGGCCCAUUGUUAAUUUGUGGUCUUGCACGUACAGGUACAACAUUACUCUACAAUUUGCUUGCCUGUGAUCCGAAUUGUCGUGCACCAUUGUACACUGAUAUGGCUAUUGAAAUUGUCCCACCGAUCGCUCGAUCCGAUUGGAUCGGACAAAAACGACGAAUGGAUAUUUUAAAUUCGUCUCAUCCGAAUAAUGAACAGUUAUCCGAUUUGCUCACUCGAAUAGCUGCAUGUCAUGCACAUUUCGAAAUUGAAGAAGAUUGUGUUAUUCUACGUCAAGCUGGCUAUUUUCCUAUGUUUGUUCUUUUAUCUGAUGAUGAAGAUUCCACUCCUGAGAGUUGGAUUCGUAAUGAAAUGAAAAAAGAUUAUGCAUAUGAUUAUCAUGAAGUAUUUUUACGUAUGUUGAAUACUGUUGAUAUGCCAAAAUCUCAUUGGCUAUUAAAAACGCCGUUCCAUGUUUUUUCUUUGAAUAAAUUUUUGCAACAUUAUCUGAAUGCAUUAUUAAUUAUGACUCAUCGACGUCUUGACGAAGUUCUUCCUUCAUUAUGUAGUUUAGAACUGGUAGCUGCAGAUGGGUAUUUUGACAAAACGAACUCGAUCAGUCGAGAUAGAAUAAUAAAACGAUGUUGUCAAUUCUUCGAUACAGAAGUCGAAUGUAUAAUGAAAUUUCGAACAUCAGAAAAUGGUGUACUUGAUCAAUGUCGUCCAUCAAAUCUAUGA